AUGCCACCAGCAGGUAAAGCAGAUCCAUCUGAAGUCAAGUACUUGUACAUCAGACAACUUGGAGGCGAAGUGGGAGCAACAUCCGUCUUAGCACCAAAACUCGGUCCAUUGGGUAUGUCACCAAAAAAAGUUGGUGAUGAUAUUGCCAAAGGUACAGCUGCUUGGAAGGGUAUGAAGGUUUGUGUUAAACUUACUGUUCAAAAUCGUCAGGCUAAGAUUGAUGUUGUCCCAACAGCAACGUGUUUGUUGAUUAAAGAGCUCAAGGAGCCAAUUAGAGACAGAAAGAAGGUUAAAAAUAUUAAGCAUAGUGGAAACCUGUCAAUGAACCAAGUUCUUUCAGUUGCUCGUGCAAUGAAAUUCAAAUCAAGAGCCAGAGCAUUUUCUGGUACCGUUAAGGAGAUUCUCGGAACAUGUAAUGCAAUUGGUUGUACUGUAGAUGGACAAAAACCUGUUGAUCUACAAAAGAUGAUUGAUGCAGGUGAAAUUGAGGUUCCAACUGCAUAG